AUGAGAUCAAUCAAAUGCGAAUCUCUCACCUUGAGCCUCUUCAAGGAUGCAAGGAGGACGGUGACGCGGACGUGUGCCAAAGCUUCCACAACUUUCUCCACCAGAUCUCGCACGCUGCCGGAUCUGCGCCGCCGGAUCCAGCACGGCUCCACAUACUCCCUCGCGCUGCAAAGUCCGCGCGUCUUCCCAUGCCCUGGCUACGACGGCACUCGUGCCGGCAUAGAGGCGAUGCAUGGAGGAGAGGGCACGGAGGGGCUAUCGCUCCCGCCUCCACCGACCAUGGCUGCCGCGGGGACCAGCAAGAUCCGGCCGAUCCACGCGCUCCGCCGUGCUGCAGAGGCCGUGCGACUUCCAUGCUCGAGUGCCGGCGGUGUGGAGGCUACGCGGGAGGAGAGGGAAGAGAGGGGCGGAGGUGGGGGCGGCGGGGAGAGGAGAGGAUGGAGAGAGAGCACGAGGUCGGGGAGGGCUGCGGGUGCGGGGUGGGAGCAGGGGUGUUUCUGGAAAACUGCGAUUACUGUUCUCGGCAGUGGAGUUGGACUGCGGGUUGAUUCCUCGAAAUUCAAAGGGCCUUUAAGCAAAAGCUGUGAGGGCGCGUGUCGCAACGCGGAGAAGCCAUUGGAUUCUGUGGGUGAAGCGGGAGCCGACAUACCCGGUAUCGAUAACAAUUAA